UUUCUGACGAGCACAUCUGCUGCAGCAGGACAGGGUGCAACAAAGGUAGCUAGCAAGACGGGAUAAAGAAAAAUGGCGACUGGGUACGCUUGGUUCCUAGUGCUGGGGUCGGUCUUUUUAUGCAAUAUCGUCAAAUCAUUUUUACCGACUAUAUCUUCCUUCCUUUCAAAGGUCCUACAAAAAGAUGCGGAGCAGGAGAGAGAGAUGAGGGCUGAGAUCCAGGACAUGAAGAGGGAACACUCCUCCAUCAGCAUGAUGGAUGAGUUUGCCAGAUAUGCCAGACUAGAGCGCAAGAUCAACAAAAUGACUGAUAAACUGAAGACCCAUGUCAAGUCAAGAACAGCACAACAAGCCAAAAUGAAAUGGGUGGUGAAUAUAGUAUUUUACAUUCUGCAGGCUGCUCUGAUGAUCUCGCUGAUUUGGAAGUAUUAUGUGGACCCUGUGACCGUGGUGCCUAGCAAGUGGAUUGCUCCAUUGGAGCGUCUGGUAGCCUUCCCUACUGGAGUAGCAGGUGGAGUUGGAAUCACAUGCUGGCUGGUGGUGUGCAACAAAGUGGUUUCAAUUGGCCUCCAUGCCGUUAGCUAAGGAACAUUCUUCUUUAAUGUCAUUGCUAUCUCUCAGUACUCAGAGUAAAUGUUCAGGCAGUGUAAGUGAUAAGCGCCAUGUUGAUAAACUUCAUCGGCAAAGCUUUGUUAGAAAACACUCAAACUCAUAUCUUACAUUGUCUUAUGUUGCCAGGAUGAUUGCACUCGGUUUUAGAAAAUUGCUACCUGAUGCAGAUUGUUUUCUGAAGUCUUAAGUUUGCAUUAUGUUUUUUGACGUUCUGAAUUGCUGUGACAAUGCCAUUGUUUAUUUAAUACAAAUGCAUAAGUAAAGAUGUUUAAAACAUG